GAAUGACCUUCUUGUACGUCAAAUGUCAAUACAAUGAUUUAUUUGUCAAGGAAUGUUUUUUUCAGUCGCAGUUUGUAAUUUUCGAAGAUGAAUUUUUUUAAAGACAAAUUUUUCGAGAUAACUGGCUAUUAUUUUCACAGAAACACACCUCCACUGGAACAACCACGAAAAAUAACUAAAUUUCAAGUUUAUUUUGAAAAAGUGUAUCACAUAUUAAGCUGGGAAAAUAUCUCUUUAACCUUAGCAAUAUUUUUAGUUCUAAAUUAUCUCUUUUGGUUAAUGGUACAAUUGGAAGUUCGAAUAUUGGGUUUCAUAUUCUCUUUGUUCCUUUUAUUAUUUAUAUGGGAUUCAUUUUUUGCAAAUACUGAACAAUUAACUAGUAAUGCCAAAUAUUCAGAUGUCUUCGAUAAUACACGUAUUAUUGUCUAUGACACCAUACUUAAUCUGAAAUCAUUCAGAAAAGAAAAUCCAUCAACGUUUUGUAUUUCACUAUCAUUGGCCUUUUUUAUUCUACGUCUAAUAGCAACAACCAUAUCUGGAUACGAGGCUGUUUACUGCUUACUGUUACUUACCUUUUUCUUGCCAUUAGGAUUCAAAAUGUUGCCAGAAGAAAAAGCGGAAAAUUAUAAAAAUAGUAUUAAAUCCAUUUUUAAUAUUACAGGUAUUCUAGCUGAAGAGGAGUUAAUUCCUUUUAUUAGCGAUAAAGAUUUUGCAAAUAGAGAUAAUGAUUUAGACAGUUUGUUAACUGAUAGGACUGCAGAUUCAGUUUCAACUUCACUCAUAAGUGGAAUAAGCGCAAUGCCCUCAUACUUAGAUGUGGGAGAAAUGCAAAAUGAUGUCCAAGAAGAAGACUUGUUACCUAAUCGAAAUAUCACGGGGGACUUUUCUAGUGAAUCGGAUUCAGAACACAGGGAAAUAAGUUUUGCUUCAUCACACUUCAGUAGAGAUAGUUCUUCUGAAGAUGAAAGACUGUUAGAAAAAGAUAUUUCGUUUAAUAAUGUAGAGGAAGAAUCUAAAAAUUCUACGUUUCCUGGAACAUUAUUGAACAUGGUUAAAUCUAUAGUUUAUAAAAAUGACACGCCAGUCAAAAGACAGGAUAGUGAUGGUAGCAGCACUAGCAGCAGUGAUUUUGAAUUUGUUAAUACAGACGAUAUCAAAUAAUUUUUAAGUUUUUAACUGAUUUGAGAGUGAUAUUUUUAUUUUAAGAUAUUAAUUGUAAAUUAUUUAUUUACAUUAAUUUAUUU